CCUAAAAUCUUGAAAUCUGGGAAAGAUGCAUCUUGCUUCCGCAGGCACUUUAGCUUCCAAGUGGUUCGAUAAGAUGUUGCAGCGGGAACCACCGUUACGGAAUACUUAUCUAUAAAUGCCGUCGGGAAAAGACAGAAAUAUAAAAUGAGAAACCUCAUUACUUUCACAGAUGCCGCAGCUCGGCCCGUUCAGUGACACUGGAACUAUAAAUACAUACGCGUUAUGAAAUUUUAAUGAGAAUCGAAGAAAUGACAACAAUAAAUCUUUAGAUAAUAAUAGUUUCGCUUAAUAGUUAUUUGAAUUAAACUUAUGAUAAGAUGCAAUAAUUAAAAUUGUGAUUUAAAUUAAACCUACGUACUAUACCAAACAAUGCGUCCAAAUAUUUCGAAUUAGCAUAUUUAAUUAGCGUAUACUCGACCAAGUCGAAUCCUGGUGAGGCGAGGUCCACCUGUGCUCAGCGGAGCUGUCACAGGAGCACGAAAGACUGUUAGUACGCGGGUUGUGAUGGGAUUUUAGCUCUGAUCGUAUAGGGCAGUACUUAGUUAAGGGACAUGGUAAAAAUGUGCACGGUGUCCCCGGAAGAGUUUGUGCCGCGGGCCCGAUGCGCGACCGCCGCGCUGACUAUAUGAGUGGGGCCGGGUGCGAGCGGUAAUGGUGUGACGGCACGAUGGCAGCGGUCGCAGGGCUGUACGGCCUGGGCGACGACCAGCGCGCCCGGCAUCGCCGCGGCCAGGCCAACGCCGAGCGCUCCGAGUCCAGAGACGACAACACCGAGGCGUCGCUGCCAAAGCUCUGCAGCCAAGAGGAGGAGGCAGGAAGACCACCACAAGGCGGUGUGGUAACCUUUGAGCCAAUUCAACACGACCACGAUUUUUGCGAGCGAGUUGUAAUCAAUGUUAGCGGACUAAAAUACGAAACCCAACUACGGACAUUAAAUCAAUUCCCAGAAACACUUUUAGGAGAUCCGUCUAGGCGGAUACGAUACUUUGACCCACUACGGAACGAAUACUUCUUUGACCGGAACCGACCCUCCUUCGACGCAAUCCUAUACUAUUAUCAAAGCGGCGGACGACUGCGGCGUCCGGUCAAUGUUCCACUGGACGUAUUCUCGGAGGAAAUUAAGUUUUACGAACUUGGCGAGCAAGCCACCAACAAAUUCCGUGAGGAUGAAGGUUUCAUAAAGGAAGAAGAGAAGCCUCUCCCUUCAAACGAACGACAGCGCAGGAUUUGGCUUCUGUUUGAAUACCCUGAGAGUUCACAGGCUGCCCGAGUAGUUGCCAUCAUCUCCGUGUUUGUCAUCCUCCUCUCUAUCGUCAUCUUCUGCUUGGAAACGCUUCCAGAAUUUAAGCACUACAAGGUCUUUAACACCACAACAAAUGGUACCAAGAUUGAAGAGGAUGAAGUGCCCGACAUCACUGAUCCCUUUUUCCUCAUUGAGACUCUCUGUAUAAUCUGGUUUACGUUCGAAUUGAUAGUGCGGUUCUUAGCAUGUCCGAACAAGUUUAAUUUCUUUAGAGACGUGAUGAACAUUAUAGAUAUAAUAGCUAUCAUUCCUUACUUCAUCACUCUGGCCACCGUAGUCGCCGAAGAGGAAGACACACUGAACCUUCCCCGGGCGCCAGUAUCCCCGCAGGACAAAUCGACUAACCAAGCCAUGAGUCUCGCCAUACUUCGAGUGAUUCGUCUCGUACGAGUCUUCAGAAUCUUCAAGUUAUCCCGUCAUUCCAAAGGAUUGCAAAUCUUGGGACGAACAUUGAAAGCAUCGAUGCGAGAACUUGGACUUUUGAUAUUUUUCCUGUUCAUAGGUGUGGUGCUGUUUUCAUCUGCGGUGUACUUCGCUGAAGCCGGAAGUGAGAACAGCUUCUUCAAAUCCAUACCUGAUGCGUUUUGGUGGGCGGUCGUGACAAUGACGACCGUAGGAUACGGAGACAUGACGCCGGUUGGAGUGUGGGGCAAAAUUGUCGGUUCGCUGUGUGCGAUCGCCGGUGUGCUCACCAUCGCGCUGCCGGUGCCCGUCAUCGUCUCCAACUUCAACUACUUCUACCAUCGCGAGACUGAUCAGGAGGAGAUGCAGUCCCAGAACUUCAACCACGUCACCAGCUGUCCGUACCUGCCGGGGACCAUGGGGGAACCCUAUUUAAUUUCAGGGCCGAUACAGAAGAAGUCGUCAAUGAGCGACGAUUCGUCGUCAGAGAUGAUGGAGCUGGACGAGAACGCUCUAGUAGCGGACCCGCACUUAGAGCAGAACCUGCGGCGGCUGCAGGAGGAGGAGAAGCUGCUGCUGGAGCAGCAGGCGGCGCUCGAGGCAGGCAACAUGGACGACUUCGCGGCCCUCCAGCACCAGGACGCUCUGCGUCUUAACCAGUUGCAACAGCAAGAGCUUCAGAAGAAGCAACAGGUGCAAGCGCAGCGAUUAGCGCAGCGCCAGGCGCAAAUCAACAACGCGCAGCCACCGGCGCACGACGCGGCGCAGCGCCGGGAGCCGACCACGCGCCGCCACACCACCUGCACCGUCCGCGUCAACAACCUGCAUGCUGCCGAAGCAAUAGAAACGGACGUCUGACCAUUGGAUAAGGCGAGCCAGCGCGACGAGGGCGGCGGCGCCGGCUGCGAGCACGCGCGUGCGCGCGCAGUGUGGCGCGGCCGGUUGCCCGCGCGCUCCCCGCCGCCCUGCCACGUGUGAGCGUUGCUCGCACACGCCGACCCCUCGUGACCCUCAUGUCUCCCGGACACAUCACCCGACACCAGUGUUGAACGUGAACUAUUAGGUGCUUCACUUUUAUCUCAAGCGAACCAUUAGGUAGUAAUAUAGCGCCGAAAUGUUUGAAAGUAAGCUUGUAGCUUGCUGAAAAAUGAUUACAUAUUAAGCUGCCAUGACUGGCUAUGUGCUACAUUUUAGUCAGGGUUAGCGGGAAGCGCGUUUUGCUCGUCAGCCCUGAUUGUAAAUACGAACAACUUCUAUGACACCUAGAAUGGUUCUUCGUGAAUAUAUCAAUAGGCCUAUAGAAGUAUUCGUUCUGUACAUGAACCUAAAGUAUCGCUUUCUGCUUAUCCAUAUAGUUAAUUUGUAAAUAGUAUAAGAUGGUAGCGGCUCGCGCGCCAUCCUCCUGAAUAUGGACAACCGAAAGUGAUGCCAUGGAGAGAAUCAUUCUGUGGAACAUCUCUCCUCUUAGAGGUCUAAAUUUGUACUUUAUAUGACUCAGUUUAAGGCAAGACACAUUGAUUUGUUUGAUAAAAUCAGUGCUAGCUUCCGUGACAAUUCAAUAGUUGACUGUGAUGGCCUAACCCGAAUAUUGGCCCUGGUAACCACUGGAGAUAACUUCAACCUAAAAAGUGAUCAUUUCUAUCUCCGGACGUAGUUGGCUAUCGGCGUUUUUAUAAUAAUUUAAACAACAAAAUUAUAUGACUAGGUAUAAUGUAGGUACGGUCAAGAAAAUGAAUAGUAGGUACCUU